AUGUUUUGGCAAUGUUUUACCUUGCUAAUAGUACUACCGAGCCUAUUUAUUGGAGUUCUUUUAUUUGGAGCGUUUGUGAUCAUUCCUUGUGCAUUUAUAUUUGCAUCAUGGUACAUGCGAAUCAAGGAAAGAAAGCUGCAGAGAAGACAACGGGAUGGAGCGAAUGUGGCAUUCUUUCAUCCUUAUUGUAAUGCUGGAGGAGGCGGUGAGAGGGUGUUAUGGGUCGCCAUUAAGGCUAUUCUGUCCAGAUAUCCAGAUACCCACAUCUUUAUAUACACAUUGGAAACAGCAGAACCUAAAACUAUUUUAGAUAAAGUUCAAAACCAAUUCAAUGUAAAGAUAGAAGGAAGUAGUGUAAACUUUAUAAGGCUUACACUAAAGAAGUCUAUUGAGGCAAAGACAUAUCCUUACUUUACACUUCUUAUGCAGAGCCUGGGAUCUAUGGUCCUAGGAAUGGAGGCUUUUGUUAAAUUUAAUCCAGAUAUCUACAUAGACACAACUGGAUGCGCAUUUACCUAUCCUAUAUUCCGGUACUUGGCUCAGUGUCCUGUAGGUUGUUAUACACAUUAUCCAACAAUAACGCCCGCUAUGAUGCGCCGUGUAAAACAUCGUAUCACAUCAUAUAAUAAUUCCAGUAUAAUUGCUCGUAACCCUAUACUCACUUGGUGCAAACUAAUGUACUAUAGGAUAUUUGGAUGGUUAUAUAGUGUAGUUGGUCGUUGUGCUGACAUUGUGAUGGUAAAUGGUACCUGGACUGAGGAACACAUUAACGAGUUGUGGGGUAUUCCACUUAACACGCAUCGCGUUUAUCCUCCAUGCGAGGUAUCAGAACUCAAAAAGCUGCAUUCCUUUGUAAAGGACUCAGAUCCCAUUCGAAUACUGUCAGUGGCACAGUUCCGUCCUGAAAAAGAUCACCCACUUAUGCUUCAGGCUAUGUAUGAGUUAAGGAAUCUUCUGGUUAACAAUGAAUUACUGUGGAAUAAGAUAAAACUACUUUUAGUCGGAUCAUGUCGCAAUGAAGAGGAUAAGGAGCGAGUUCAGAACCUAAAAGAUUUGGCCAAACACUUGUCCAUUGAAGACAAUGUUCAAUUCAUUGUCAACGCUUCCUAUGCUCAGUUGUUGCAGCUAUACCAGACUAGUUCAAUGGCUAUACACGCCAUGUGGAACGAGCAUUUUGGCAUCAGUGUAGUAGAAUGCAUGGCAGCCGGGCUGAUCACAGUAGCACACAGAUCCGGUGGACCACUGGCAGAUAUUAUUGAAACCUCACCAGCUUCACAAACUGGUUUCCUUGCUGCAGAGCCCGAUGAAUAUGCCAGAGCCAUUCUUGAAAUUAUUGCGUUGCCCACACAUGAGAAGAAUAAUAUUAUUGAGGCAGCUAGGGCAUCGGUAGAUCGGUUUUCUGGGAUGGAAUUUGAGAAGUCAUUUCUACGAGCAAUGGAACCUUUAAUGAUGCUUUAA